AUGGAGAAUUACCCCAGACGAAAGCAGCGGACAGCAUGCGACAUUUGCAGGCGUCGAAAGGUUAGGUGUAACAUCGCCUUCCAAGCAACCGGGCCAUGCUCCGCGUGUCGCCGGAGUGGAACGGAAUGCCGGUCCACUACAAAAUGGCCAGCAGCUAGAAGGAUCUUUACAGAUUCACGACAAACUCAGCCCCAUGGAGUGCCCUCGCAUUACCAACUUGAGGACAGGGACAACUCCAACCACGAACCUCCCUUACGGAGCAAUUCUCAGGGGGAAGUCAUUGACGACACCACUUGCAACUCUGAACAAGAGCAACUGGCCCGCAGUGGGCUAGCGCGCUUCUUUAAGCACGGCAUUACUGAUAGCAGUUGGGCGGUGUUUGACUCUCUGGACAAGCUCCGCAUUGCGUAUGUCGGGACUGCCGCGUCAAACAUUGCCCACCUCGUGGAUCUUCACAAGCCAUUCCCUCGAUCAUCUACGCCCUGUCUGCCUUCAAAUGAACCAGGGCACGAUUUUGGUCAAAUAGAACCACUGCUCAAUCUGGAUAGCGCCAGUGAACAGGACACAGGCCGGAAGCUUUUGCACUACCCGUACCCUCCUAUCCGCCAAAGCAAAGCCUGGAAGCCAAAUACGGAUGUAUUUGGGAUCACAUCCCCGCAGAACUUACUAUCAGAUGUCUCGUCAGUGCCCGAACCAGACAUCCGAGACGCUCUGGUAGCUGCCUACUUCGAGCACAUCCACCCGUUUCUACCAUUCCUCUGUAAAGAUGACUUCCUAAGUGGCGAUCAAGAAUCGGGAAAACAGCCACCUCUACUUCUAUAUCAGUCCGUUAUGAUGGCUGGGGCGCAUGCAUGUUCGCAUCCCUUCGUUGCUAGAAAUCGGCAUUGGAUUAAGAGCAUCUUAUUUCGCCGAGCCAGCAUGUUGUUUCAUAUUCGUCACGAAACGGAUCGCACUCAUCUCAUGCAAGCGGCCACUCUAUUCACCUGGUUCACCGGUGAUGGCGAUACGGUAACUGGCGGUCCUUAUUAUUGGGCAGGUGUCGCCUCUAGAAUUGGGUGUGGGCUGGGAGCGCAUCGGCGUGGCACAGCUCUACCAGCCAAAGACAGCUUGCACUUCAAACUUUCCUGGUGGUCUGCCUUCGUCUGCGAUGUCUUUUCCUCGCUAGAUACCGGUAGGCCAAAUGCGAUCCGUCCCGAAGAAAUUGACCAGCUGCCGAUUUCUCUGGGCUCUGAGAUGGGGACACCAAUGUCAGACACCAUGACUUCAGAAACAUCGCAUUCAGAAGCCGACCCAAGUCUCGGGUUUCUAAAGUCCAUGGUCGAUCUGGCUUAUAUUGGACUGGACAUUAUCGCGGAAAAUGCUCCGUCAACAAGGGCAGGAUCCAACGUUGCCAGCAUUGACGCCCAACUCGGAAUGUGGUCUCUCCGGCCCGGCAUAUUUGCUGGCAAAGAUAACGACCCGUGGGUUUAUCAAUUACGAAUCCACUAUAACCUUCUUCUUCUAUACCUGCAUAGAAACUCCUAUAGCGAGCCCAGCAGCAAGUCAGUCUGCUCUGUGGCUGCUCAGGCCAUCGUUAUUCUCUUUGAGCAGCUUGCCGCGCUGGGUAGCUUGAAGCAGUGUCAUUUCACAGCAGUCAGUGCUGUAACAGCUGCGGGCAUCCAGAUAGUGACGGAGAUACGAGGCGCCAUGCUUACUGGGACACACUCCGUGGCUGUUGAUGCCCUGGGACGGUUGGCGAGGCUCCUACGGUUGGCUGAAGCGCUAGCCGAGUACUGGCUUAAUGCGGAGUCGGUGCACACUGUUUUUCAAGAGCUUCAUCAAGAGUACGACGGAUGCAUCUCGCAACUUUUGCAGGGAAAUGGGGUUCUGGUCCCUGAGAACUCCCCGGAUUGGCGCGACUUGCUUGCCAACGAGACACAACUCAAGGAACCUAGUAACAUUGAGGACUGGAUGAGUAUCAUCGAUUGGAAUAGUUUCUGA